AUGAGCGUGGCUUCGACGAGCCAUCUCGCACCGGAACACGCCCCACUGCCGCUCGAGUCAAGGUCGCUGUUGGUCGUGCACGCGACGGUGACGGGCACCGCAAGUGACGUCGCGGAACGGAUCGCGCGUCGAGGCGUGCGAGCAGGCUGGCAUACCUCGGUCAAGCACGUCUCACAGUUCGAAAAGGUGUGUUCACACUGUACAUUGACAUCCGGUUUGAAUCGAGCUUGAAUGCUGAAGCGUUGAGAGCGCAUUUCCGUCUGGCCCGGGAGAGCAGACCGAAUUGCUCGAACUGGGGUUGAUCGUCUUUGUCGUGCCUACGACCGGCAACGGAGCCGCACCACCUUCUUUCCUCCCUCUAUGGACAUCCCUACUCCACCCCGAGCUACCCCAGGACUUUCUCCAGGACCUACGGCAAGUUCCUGCCCACCAUUGCACUGUUCCCCGAGGGGUGACCAAAGCGCUCAUUUCGUUGACGGUUCUACUUCUGCCUUCAGGUACGCCGUCUUUGCGUUGGGCGAUUCGAGUUAUGCAAAGUACAACUGGGCGGGCAAGAAGCUGUCGAGGAGGUUGGACAACCUCGGCGCGACCGCCGUCGUCGAACGUGGCGAAGCCGAUGAUCAGAACGUGUGGGGGUCAGUCGACUGACUGUUCUGAAGAGAGCCCGAAUGCUGUAGGAACAUAGUUUCUGAUUCGCUCUUCAUCAUAUGACAGGGUUGAAUCGACGUUCCCCUCCUGGCUCGAACGCUUCUACCAAGCCAUAGACCCCUUGUUCGCCCCCGCACCGCACUUCAAACCCCUCAGCAUCGACGACGUCCCACCUCCAAGGAUCAGGCUGACCAAAGUCAACCCCAACCACGAGCACGCCGUAUCGUCGGAGGAAGCUCUACCCUGGGCGAACGAUGCGAGAUGGGCCAAGGUCGUCGAGAUCAAGAGGACCACUCCGGAGGAUUGGUUCCAGGACGUGAGGAAGCUCGAGGUCGAAUUCGUCAAAGAUGAAUUGGCAAAGUGGGAUGAUGAGGCAAUCAGGUGCGUAUGCGAGAACAGCGGCCGGUCGGAUAUGGGAAACCUGAACGUCGAAUUCUUCCCGUGUGGUUAAAGAUACUCGGCUGGGGACGUGCUCGAAAUUCGACCGCAAAACUCGCCAGAAGAUGUCGAUCGCUUCCUUUCGUCGGCGGGAUGGACCGAGCUCGCUCAUCAGCCCUUCCGGCUCGAGGCCCAUAACAAUAGUGCGUUUUCCUUUUAAAUGUGGGCGUUGUGGGCUCAUGGGCUUCAACUGACUCAUCAUCGACCGCCCAAAACAGACCGACCUCUCCCUUCGCAUUUCCCACAGUCGUUCAUCACGACCCUGCACUACCUCCUGACCUACGAGCUCGACAUAUCGGGCGUGCCGAGACUAUCCUUCUUCGAAUGGUUAGCUCAUUUCAGCGAAGGGGACAUGAAGGAGAAGCUGCAAUUCUUUUGUACGGGCGAGGGGCAGGUGAGCAGUUGGUGUGUUCGCCAGUCGUCGAUGUUUCCUGGCUGAGCGAAGGCGAGGAUUUUGACCGCCAGGACGACUUGAACGACUACACCUUACGACCACGGCGAACGAUCAACGAAGUCAUGUACGAAUUUCGCUCGGCCAACGUCCCCAUAGAAUACAUCCUCGACCUCCUACCGCCUCUAAGACCGCGAGCCUUCUCCAUCGCAAGCACGCCCGAAGCCCACCAAGGCCACGUCGAGUUGCUCAUCGCGAUCGUCAAAUACAAAACCAACAUGUCGAUGCCUAGGAAGGGGGUAUGUACGAGUUGGUUGGCGGGCAGGGAAGUAGGGGACAGGAUGUGGGUCAGAUUCGAUCGAAGUGGGUUGUUGAGGUCCCCUGUUGAGAAAGGGAGACCCUUGAUCAUGGUUGGGCCCGGCACCGGGGUCGCGCCUUUUAGGGCGUUGAUGGAGGAGAGGAUACGAGAGGGAGCGAAAGGUACGUCGGCACGUUUGAGGCACAUGAUCUCCGCUUUCCCUAAGGGAAUAUCCGUAAAUUUUGACUUGCUUUUCGUGGGUUUUUCUUCGCAGACAACAUGCUCUUCUUUGGGUGUCGGUCCCUCGCCAAGGAUUUCCAUUUUCAAGUCGAGUUCACUCAGAUGCGCGAUCAAGGCUUCCUCAAAUUGAUCACAGCCGCGAGUCGAGAUCAGGUACGCAUACCACACCCGUCAUCACAAUGAUCGACCGUUUUUAAAAAGGCAUACUGAUUGCGACGCACAUCCUACAGGAGGACAAGAUCUACGUGCAACACCUCAUCCCAUCGCAAUCGGCGCUGAUAUGGGAUUGGAUCCACGAACGCCGCGGCUCGAUUUACAUCUGCGGAUCGUCGACCAACAUGCCCAAGAGCGUCAAAAAGGCCUUCCUACAAGUCUUCAUACAGAACCAAAGGGAUGGGGAUGGGGAGGGGGAGGGGGAGGGGAGCGAUAAAGAGAAUGAGGACGAGACGAGACGGGUGGACCAGAAGGCCGAGGCGUGGUGGGAAACGCUCGAGAAGGAGGGGAGGAUCGUCGAGGAGACUUGGGGAUAG